AUGAUUGCCUUGUGCGUUCGUUUCAUGACCAAGCGGUUCAUUGGUGAAUAUGACCACAAGAAGGGUAAGAGUGACUACAGAUGCUGUCGUCUGGUCGACCAGGAAGCUGUUGACCUUGAAAUCUUGGAUCCAGCUUUUAAGAACUGUGCGCCUUCUCUGGAGGCUUCCAUCCGCUGGGCUGAUGGCUUCUUGUUGCUCUAUUCCAUCACGCACCGCCAAAGUUUCUUGGAGGUCUCACGGCUCAAAAGACUCAUUGACCAAACCAAAAGGAGUCUGGCUGUCCCAGCAGUGCUGGUUGCCAAUAAAGCAGACUUGGAAAUUGGCAGGGAGGUGACAACAGAAGAAGGAGAGAGACUGGCCCUUGAUUUAAGGUGUGGUUUCAGGGAGCUGUCAGUGGCUGACACCGCGUUAGCUGUGGAAGCGGCAGUGUUUCAGCUCAUCAGGCAAGUCCUGGAUCAGCAGCGGCUUCUGCCUGACCGCCGUUCCUACAUGCUGACUGUGCGCCAUGCUCUCACCAAGAAACUGACCCGAUCAAAAACAAUGCAGUGGUGACUUUGACACACUCAUCAGAUUAUCGAGAGGCACUUGAGUCUGUAUUAAAUCGACAUGUAAAUUACA